UAACCCAAAUAUGCCAAUGUAAACUGGCAGCUGGCAAAAUAGUAUAAAAACACUAUUUUAGUCCAUGAGACCAUACAAACAAUACAACAGUCAUGGAUGCAACAGAGACUACCGCAGCAAGCGUAAAUGGACAACUUAUUGAAGAGGAAUAUGAUCAAGUUGAUAAUUUUAAAGUUGUUAAAGAGACAGACAGACACUUAAGCGGCAGUCCUACUCCCAGUGAGCAGUCAUAUGUCGAUUUCGACCCAGCAGAUAACGAAUAUGUUGUCAAUGAUUUGGAUUCAUGCAGCAUCGAGCAAAACUGUGCCUACAUUUCCAAUACCGGCAUUAAUGAUCAACCGCCUGACUAUUUGGAGGUCAUAACUCAACAAAACAGUGACUACAGUAUUGAGGCCAGCAACGUCUACUGUGUGGCAGACCCUGCUGUUGCUGGACAUGAAAAUGGUGAGCUCUAUGAAGUACUACCAGAGAUGGGAGAGCGAACCCAAAUAGUACCACAGAGGAGAGAGCAAAAUAACGUAGUGCAAAAAAGAGCAAAGAAUACUAUGAAAAAAGUUCCACCCCGAGGUCUUUGUAGUUUUUGGCAAGGAAGGGUGGAGGUGGCUAUACGAAUUAUCAUUCUAAUGUUGGGACUGCCCCUGCUAUUGCUGCUAUUGCUGCCCAUAUCAGUGCUGCCCAUAUCAGGAGCCAUUGGUUUGGUCAGCUGCUUAACUUGUCUACCACAACUUAUGGUGAGCUGUUGUUUUGAGCUGCCUAUGCUACUGGGUAGAGUCUGCUCCAAAAAUAUCUCCAACUGCUUUCUAGCAUGGGACAUUACACACAACUGGACACUGUUCUCAUCUACUUAAUAGCCUGUGGGCAGGCCGCUUGGAUCACUACACUGUGGUCAAGUGAUUUACACAGUGCUCAGAGCAAUGAUACGAAUCGGAGCAAUGUUGGGGUACUACAAGCAGGAGUUGCUAUCUUUGCUGUUCUCACAGUGCUGUACUUCAUACUUGCAGUCCUGUACCUGUUCAGGGCUUGCUCGGUUAUAGCAGCCAUUAAGAGAAAACGUGAUCACAGAAAUGGAUCCAUGGCACUCACUCAGAGAACUUAACAUUGUAGCAAUAGAACAUGAGAUAACCCCUAUUAGGGUGCACUAUAUACUUUAUUGCACACACACACACACACACACACACACACACACACACACACACACACACACACACACACACACACACACACACACACACACACACACACACACACACACACACACACACACACACACACACACACACACACACACA